AUGGCCAACUGGAAACCACUUACGACGUCUGAGUUGCGUCAUUGUGACCGCUUCUGUUUCAAUGAUGGCGUGUGCAUCGGUUGCAUGCGAGAUCCUCAUGCAAAGGCCCAGUGUAUUGGAUGCACAUGUCCGCAGCACCUUUGGACAGGUGAACGCUGUGAAAUUCGCGUGGGUUACUUGGGUAUGCGAUCUACAGAGGAUACACUCUACAUUCUCACUGUUAUCUUCGCUCUGCUUGCUAUUCUCAUGUCCAUCUCGACAAUAUAUUUCUAUCUUAAAGGCCGUCGUUUCCGCCAAGAUCCUUUUAUCAUUCCUGGUGAUCCGACUAUUCACUUGUCUAUUCAGCCCCCUUCCGAUUCUGACAAGCACUACGAUAUUCCCCAACCAUUAGUUACGCCUGGAAAUGCUUAA